UUUUGCCGAAAAAUAAAUAUUGAAAAGUGUUAUUAAAGUAAUAUAAAGAGGGAAUAAACUAUUCUUAAAGUGCAACACAAAAAGUUUGCAAACAAUUGACACUAAAAUGGCAAACGCUGAUGUGCAGUAUAACUACGGCCAGCAGGACAACGGCGAGGACUACAAUGACGAUAGCAACCAGCAGGAUGAUGAUGAUCAGUACGAGGAUAAUGGCAAUGAUGGAGUGAAUGUGAAGAUUGAGAACGUGGGCGAAAGCCCAAAGUUUAUACGCCUCCGCGGUCUUCCCUGGUCGGCAACGCACAAAGAGAUCUUGGACUUUUUGGAGAAUGUGAAUGUCACCAAUGCCUCGCAGGGCAUUCAUUUGGUGACGAGUCGUGUGGAUGGCAAGAAUACGGGCGAGGCCUAUGUAGAAGUUGCAACCCAAGAGGACGUGGAGGAGGCACGAAAGUUGAACAAGGCCAGCAUGGGACAUCGCUAUAUUGAGGUCUUUACCGCAACGCCUAAAGAAGCCAAGGAGGCGAUGAGGAAGAUUGGCGGUCAUGGGAAUGCUUUCGUUGUAAAGCUGCGAGGACUGCCCUAUGCCGUCACAGAACAGCAGAUCGAGGAGUUCUUUACUGGGUUGGAAAUCAAAACGGAUCGGGAGGGCAUACUUUUUGUUAUGGACAGAAGGGGUCGAGCAACUGGGGAAGCUUUUGUUCAGUUCGAAAGCCAGGAAGACACUGAGCAAGCCUUGGGCCGAAAUCGGGAAAAAAUUGGGCACAGAUACAUUGAGAUCUUCCGCAGCUCAAUUGCUGAGAUGAAGCGUGCCACAGGCAGCGGCGGAAGCUCUGGCGGACGCCCGGGCCCCUAUGAUAUACGCGAUCGCGGUGCCAAUCGUGGAGGUAACGAUUUCGGGGGAGGACGAAAUGACUGGGGUAACAAUGGAAAUUUCGGUGCUGGUGCCAACAACAUGCUUGGCUUCAACAAUCUCCCCAGUUUGAUGAACUCUGGAAACUUUGGCAACAAUCCCGGCGGUGGAAAUGGUGGCGGUAAUGGCGGAAAUUUCGGACCAAAUUCAGGACCGAGCAAUUUUGGAAACUUUGGCGGGAACAGCGGAAACUCGAAUUUCGGUGGAAACCUAGGUGGUAACGGCGGCGGUGGCAACAACGGCGGCGGUAACUUUGGAAACUUCGGGGGCAACAACGGAGCUGGAAAUUUUGGAGGUAACAACAGCGGAGGAGGCUUCAACAGUGGCAGUAACUUCGGAUCUCCAGUGGGCGGCAGCAACUUUGGCAACAACAACAAUGGAGGAUCCAAUUUCGGUGGAAACAACGGAGGCGGCUUCAACAAUGGUGGCAGUAACUUUGGCUCUGCAGUAGGCGGCGGCAACUUUGGCCCAAUCGGUGGCGGUCGUAACAACAAUAACGGCGGCAACUUUGGUAAUAAUUCCGGAUUUGGAAAUUUCGGAGCCAACAACGGCGGAAACGGAGGAAACGGCAACUUUGGCGGAGCCAACAAUGUCGGCUUCAAUAACGGCAGCAACUUUGGCUCAUCCCUGAGCGGAGGGGGCAACUUUGGCCCCAUUGGCGGUGGCCGUGGAAGCGAUGUGGAGUACUAUACAAUCCAUAUGCGAGGACUCCCGUAUACUUCAUUCGAAAAUGAUGUCUUUAAGUUCUUCGAGCCUGUUAGGCCUGCUAAUGUCCGUAUAAACUACAACAAGAAGGGUCUGCACAGCGGCACUGCUGAUGCCUAUUUCGACACCUACGAAGAUUCUCAGAUCGCCAUGAAGCGCCAUCGGGAACAAAUGGGUUCGCGUUAUAUUGAGCUCUUCUACGACGGAAAGACACGAGGCGGUGCCAAUGGAAAUGGCGGUGGUGGCAAUGGAAAUGGAGGUGGUGGCAACAAUGGCGGCGGCGGUGGCGGUGGCGGCAACGGAGGUGGAGGAAACUUCUCUCGUCGCAUCUGAGGCCCCUCCAUCUGAGGGCUUGAUUACAUUAACUAUAAUGUAAGCGCAAGUAUUUAAUUUAUAAACAAGGCGCAACUAUAAAUCGCUAAGACACCUUUGUAUCCGUAUAAUACACUAUCAAAUAGAUUUUACACAGCGACACAUAUUUUGGUAGUGCAUUAAGAAAAAAACCUUUCCAUACCGAUAUCCAAGGCGUUUAAAUAAUUAAAUAAAACAGAAAACAUUGUAUUUAAGAAUAAAUCUUCGAUAAAUUUCAAUUAUAAUAUCCUAAGCUUCAACU